AGCACUUUUGUUGCGAUGUUCAACCUACUUCUACUGUUCAGCAUAGCUUCAGGUUUGUCGAAUGGCGAGAUACCCCUCCAAAAACCCCCUACACGACCCCUGCAUGGGUCGGCUUCAGCGAACCGCAUCGUCGGAGGUGUCCCGAUCAGCAUCGCCGAUGCGCCGUACCAGGUUUCGUUGCAGUUUUCAAAAUCUCACAUCUGCGGUGGGUCCAUCAUCUCGCGGAGAUGGAUUCUGACUGCGGCACACUGUAUCCUAACGUCUUCCGCGUCGAGCUUCCACGUCCGAGCGAGAUCUUCCAAGCACGCUUCCGGAGGAUCGUUGAUUCCGGUUAGGCGGGUCGUGGUGCAUCCCUUGUACCGGGACUCCGGAGUGGACUACGAUUACGCGCUGGUGGAGCUGAGGAGAGGGAUUUUGUUGGGGAAAUAUGCGAAGGCCGUGGCGUUGCCGGAGCAGGGUGAGUCCGUUGCGGACGGAACGAUCUGUACGGUUUCGGGAUGGGGUAACACACAGAGCGCCUCAGAGUCCGGGGAAAUCUUACGGGCGGCAAAAGUUCCAAUCUUCAACCAAAUGCAGUGCAACGAUGCGUAUGCAAUCUUCGGGGGCGUCACCGAUCGUAUGAUCUGUGCCGGAUACCCGGAAGGAGGUAAGGACUCCUGCCAGGGAGAUUCGGGUGGUCCGUUGGUUGCCAAUGGUAAGCUCGUCGGGGUCAUAUCGUGGGGUGUCGAGUGCGCUAUGCCCGAAAUGCCUGGAGUUUACGCCCGAGUAGCUGCCGUACGUGAUUGGAUCCGAAGUAGCAGUGGAGUUUGAGAAAACUGUUAAUCUUUGAAGUGUAAUAUAAACGAUUUAAAUUGAUUCCU